UAUAAGCCUCUACCUAUAGUAUAUAAGUUAACUCUACACCUGUUGGAUUGAUAUAAAAGUAUCCCAAAUGAUAUAGCAAUACGCUCAUAAUGACUGAUAAUAAUACUGAAAAAUAUCCUAUCAAUAUUCAAAAACUAUUCACUCCUAAACCUCCAUUAAUACAUAUACCACCUAAUGAUUAUGCUCCUGAAAAGAGAAAGUCGCAUACUAUCACAUCCAUAACUAGUUUGAAAAAUAAAAUAGAUAAAUAUAUAACUGAAGAAUUACCCCAAAUUGAAAAAUCUCAGAAGCUUGAACAAGAUCAAUUACAUCUGAAACGGAAAAAGCCUAAUACUAUUACUUUAGAAGAGUUGAAAAAGUUAUCGGCUAAGAAGCAACGGGUGAAACAAGAAAGUAUUCAUCGCCAACUUCAAGAAUGGGAUGAUCCUAGUGCCUUGGCAUAUCAUGAGCAACAACAUCAAAUGAGAGAUCCAUUUCGUACUGUAUUUGUAUCUCGUAUAGAUUAUAAAUUAACUGAGAAUGAUCUUAAUAAAGAAUUCAAGAAAUAUGGACCUAUUGAAUCCAUUCGUGUGGUUAGAGAUAAUGUUACUGAAAAAUCAAAGGGAUAUGCAUUUGUUGUAUUUGAUAGAGAUGUAGAUGCAUCUAGAUGUGUUGAAGAAUUAGCCAGAACUGGUUUAAAAUUAGAUCUGACCAAUCGUACUAUGUUGGUAGAUAUUGAACGAGGAAGAAUAGUAAGAAAUUGGAAACCAAGAAGAUUGGGUGGUGGAUUAGGCGGUAGACAUUAUACUCAAAUUAAUGCCUUAUCUAGAUUAAAUCCUAAUGCUUCUGCAGCUGCUAGUGGUAGAAGACUUAAUAUUCAGAAUGGUCAUGAUAGUAUACCUCCUUCAUCAUUAUCUUCUGUUCCUUCACAUCCUCGUUCCCAACAUUCUGGGUCUUCGUAUAUUCCAAGAAAUGGUAAUGGUAAUAUUAAUAGUAAUAGUAGUGUAUCCAGGCCGUCGGUUAAUUCCUAUUCCAGUUCUAGUGUAUCAUCUGUAAAUAAAUCCUCAUAUCAAAGUUCUAAUCAUCAUAGGCCUAUACAGUCAUAUAAUUCAACAGUAACAACACCACCAACAACAACAACAAUAACAACACCAUCAGCUACUACAACAACAGGUGUGUCUGCUGCACCACUUGCUUCGAAAUAUGGAGGAUAUGGGCCACCAAUGCGUAAAUCUACCCAGCCAUCUCAGACCCCGGCCGAUCAAAUAAAACAAGAGUCCGCAUCUGUCAAGGAUAGGUAUGCGAAAUACGCCACUGCAUCAUCGUCUACAACUACAACUACAACUACAACCACUACAGCGUAUAAACCUCGAGACAACCGAUCAAUCAGAAGUAUCAGACGUGGAUGAAAUGUAUAGUAAUAUAUAUAGAUAUAUAGUAAUAAAAUCCAUGUGCAUUGGCAUUACCAUUACCAUUAGCAUUAGUGUCCCCAUGUAUUGACACAAAAAAAAUAUCUAUGUCAAUUCUCAAUGACAGACAAUUGAGACAAAAAUAA